AGGGAGGAGAGAUACUAGUGUGUGUAACUGUUUCCCAAUUUCCUCUGUUUAGUGUGUAGCAUUCGAAAAGAAUAAGAUGCCCUCAGCUCAAGAUCCGUUCUACGUUGUGAAGGAGGAUAUUCAACAAUCUAUUGAUAAGUUGCAAUCUACUUUUCGCCACUGGGAAAACGCUCAUGAUGCUGGCGAGCGAUCUCAUCUUUCAAAGGAAGUCCUUGCUACUUGUGAAAGUAUUGAAUGGCAGAAAGGUGGAUGAAUUGGACAAAGCAAUUGCUGUAGCAUCUAGAGAUCCUUCUUGGUAUGGCAUUGAUGCAGUGGAGAUUGAAAACAGGAGGAGUUGGACCAGCAGUGCUCGCACCCAGGUGCGCUCAGUUAAGAAAGCAGUGGAAGCUGGAAAGGGCUCAAAUACAGCAAACCAUGCUAGUGUAAAUGGGAUGCACAGAGAAUUAAUGAGGCUUCCUGAUUCUCAUCAAACUAACACAUCCAACCAUUAUGGUGCCCACGAUAAUGAUGAUUUCAUAGAAUCAGAAUCAGAUAGACAGAUGCUUCUUAUAAAGAAACAGGAUGAGGAGUUGGAUGAGCUUAGUUUAAGCGUGCAGAGAAUUGGAGGUGUUGGACUUACGAUACAUGAAGAGCUAAAUGCGCAGGAAAGGAUUAUAGAUGAUCUGGGUGCUGAGAUGGACAGUACAUCUAAUCGUCUAGAUUUUGUCCAAAAAAAAGUAGCAAUGGUCAUGAAGAAGGCUAGCGCAAAGGGCCAGAUCAUGAUGAUAUUGGGUUUGCUGGCCUUGUUCAUUUUCCUCUUUAUCUUGGUGUUCUUCACCUAGUCAUUAAGAUGGACUCUGUCGAUUCCCUGUUUGUACAUGAAAACAGAUAUAAGUUUUUGUGAAGAUACUAGAUUAAUGGGACAUUGGAGAUGUCUACUAAUCAAAUGGAAGCCUUUUUUGGUUUCUCGAAGGCAUUGGAAAAUUCUAAUUGUGAUGAAAAGGGAAGCAAUGUGCUUAAAAGUAUCACAAAAGGAUUUUGAUUCUGAACAAGUUGGAUGGCAAAUAUGAUUUCAAUUAUUUUCAAAAUAAUUUUCUCCUGCAUGUAAUGUAAUGUUUGAUGUUUUUUUCUUUCUAGAACGAC